CCCUCGCUCUCUCCUUCGCUGGAAGACCUGGCGCUACGCGCACGUGACCGCCUCAUCCGGGUCUUUGCGUUCUUUCACACUCGGCCCAACAUGGCAGCUUCAGCUAAGAAGAAGAAUAAGAAGGGGAAGACUCUGACCCUUACCGACUUUUUGGCAGAUGAAGGGAACAGUGCUGGUGGUGGUGGUGGUGGUGGUGGCGGCGGCGGCGGCGGCAGCAGCAGCACAGGUGGUGGAAGUGGCUAUGCCCCAAAACCUGUCAGUUGGGCAGAUGAGACCGAUGACUUGGAGGGAGAUGUCUCCACAACAUGGCACAGUAAUGAUGAUGAUAUGUACCGAGCCCCUCAGAUUGAUCGCUCUAUCUUGCCCACUGCACCCCGAGCUGCCCGUGAACCUAAUGUUGACCGAAGUCGUCUGCCCAAAAGCCCUCCUUUCACUGCUUUCCUUGGGAACCUCCCUUACGAUGUGUCAGAGGAAUCCAUUCAGAAGUUCUUCAGGGGACUCAAUAUUAGUGCUGUUCGUCUGCCACGGGAGCCCAGCAACCCAGAGCGAUUAAAAGGAUUUGGCUAUGCGGAAUUUGAUGACUUGGACUCUCUACUACGAGCUCUGAGCCUGAAUGAAGAAUCUCUUGGGAACAGACGGAUAAGAGUAGACAUUGCUGACCAAGCACAAGAUAAAGAUCGGGAUGACCGCUCCUUUGGCAGGGAUCGUGAUCGUAAUAGAGACUCUGACAAGACUGAUUCUUCUGAUUGGAGAGCGCGUCCUACUUCAGACACAGCUGAUGAUUAUCCUCCGCGUCGUGGUGGUGAUGAUAGCUAUGGAGACCGAUAUCGUAGUGAUCGUAGUGAUCGAUAUGAAUCAGAUCGGUACCGGGACGGCCCGCGUAGAGAUGGUGGUGGUGGUGGUGGCGGCGGUUUUGAUAGAGACAGAGGAAGGGAACGAUAUGAUGACCGUGAUCGUCGUGAUUAUGAUAGAGGGUACGAUUCACGUGGCGGUGGCGGCGGCGGCAGCAGCAGCAGCAGCAGCAGAAGAGCAUUUGGCAGUGGUUAUCGGAGGGAUGAUGAUUACAGAGGUGGAGGAGAUCGAUACGGUGAUAGAUAUGAGGAGCGGCGAGAUGACCGAUCAGACAAAUGGAAUGGUUUUUCCAGGAAUGAUGACACCAGGCGUGAAGAGAGAGCUUCCACAGCAGGUCCUACGCAGAGACCGAAGUUGAACCUUAAGCCACGUACUGCACCUAAAGAGGAAGAAUCCACUGGGGGGUCUGCACCAUCCAGUCGUGCAUCCUCAAUCUUUGGUGGUGCUAAGCCAGUGGAUACUGCUGCUCGUGAACGUGAGGUCGAAGAACGAUUGCAAAAAGAGCAAGAAAAGCUGCAGCAACGCCAUUUGGAUGAUGAUCGGCCAAGACAACUAGACAGAAAACCAAGGGAAAGACACCCUAGUUGGCGUAGUGAAGAUACUCAGGAACGUUCUAGGACUGGGAGUGAAUCUUCUCAAACCGGCAACACUGGCUCUACUUCCUCUCGUAUCUCAAGGAGGAGGGAGAGUGAAAAAUCAGUGGAAAAUGAAGUAUUUGGUAAAGACGAGGAUGUUCAUUCUCCUAGCUCAAAAGGCCCUAAAUCAGAUUCUCCGCUCCCUUUGAAAGUCAUGCCAGCCCCACCACCUAAAGAAAAUGCUUGGGUCAAACGCAGUACAACAACCCCCACACGAUCACUCAGUUCAGAAUCUUCCCAAGGUGGAGGAGAACGGCAGUCUGAUUCAGACAAAUGGUCAUCCGGGACUGUGCAACAAAGAGAAGAUGAGAACAAAAUAGAUGAUGUGGAUCAUGCAUCAAGAACAGGUGGACGUAACAUGGCAGACCGUGGCAGAGCACCUGAUAAGAAAGACAAACGCAAUGCAGACGAAAAGAGCGAUAUGGAUACAAUUCGAGUGGAGACGCAAGCAGCUAAAUUCAGCCAAGCGAGUAAGUACGCAGCUUUAUCCGUAGAUGGAGAGGAGGAGUUUGACUACACAGAAUAAUCUGCGGAAUAUCCCUGUUCAUGGAAUCCUUUCACCCCCAUUACCUUUAUUUUCCCUUCUGCCCUGUUCCAUGACAGUCAUUGGCAUAUGCCAGGCAAGAAAAAGCAACAUCCCUUCUGGCUCUCUGUCCCUCUUAAAUCUAAAAGCAAUCCAACCUCCACACCUCAGACAGUGAUCUUCAGUUAGAAACACAAUGAGCUGUUUGUUUCUUCUCUUGCAUGCUGCUGCAGCUUUUUACCGUGUGUGUGCAGGAUAGGAGGGGGGUGGAAAUGCAGUGUGUGGCAAGGGAGCACUGGAACGCAGUCAACACAUUAAUUGGCAGUGAAGGCUGCAGAAAGCAUCACUUGGUGUAACAGCUUCCUAAGCUGCACUCUCUCCUCCCUAUUGUAAAAAGGUUACCUUUUUUUAAGCCAGGAAAACCAUUGCUUUGCAGGGGCGCACAUGAGUCUGAAAACUCCUAAUUAUCGUGGCUCACAGAGCUUUUAUGGUUAAUCUCCAGCAAAUGGGUCCAUAGAAAACACUUGCUGGUUGGGGAUUAUGAUUACCUCCUUUUAGCAGAAUAUGUUAAUGCAAAUCAAAUCUAUUUUAUGAAGCCUUAACUAGCAGCUUCAGUAGAGAAACAGGAUGUGUUCAGAUGCAUGGUUUGCACUCUCAUAGAACCAGGUACCAGAUGCCUCUCGCCUCCGUGUGCCACAGAUCAGUAAAAGUAGCCGUCCCAAAUGAUGGGGCUAAAACAUUUCCCUUUAGAACAUCCCCCUCCUCAGGCUUUCUUUUUGUAAUGCUGUGGAUUUGACGGAGACUGCUGUAGCAGUGAUCUUUUCACAAGCAGGAACUUGCUCAGAAUUUAUUAGAAGUAUUUAAAAUAUAUGAAUCAGGCAGUGGUCUUCUACCGAAUCCCUAUUCCUAGACCCUGUCUCAUACAACAUUUGGCCAAUAAUUUAAAUCUGUCCUUUCAAUUCCCUUUUACCUAUACAUCCCUAAUUUAUAACUGAUGUACAUCUGGGAGUUGUGUCUCUCUGGGACAAGCCUGCAAUACCCUCAUUUAAAAGUUUUACACUUCUCAAAAGUGUAUUCCAAGAAAUAAAGUAAUCUAAAGGAAAAGAAAAAAUACUUGUAUUGAUUUGUAAUCUGGGAGAUGUUUUAUUAUCAUGUAAAAGUCCUUAUCAACCCUCCUAUUUUUUGUUUUUUUAUCAGCUCUGUCCCGUAUCAAAUAAACUAAUCUUUAAAAUGAA